AUGGGUUCCUUGCGAUAUCAUCAGAUUGUGUCAUUUUCAUUAUGCUGGGUUGCUUAUGCUUCAACAUACUUUCUCAGAAAACCACUGGGAGUGAUAAAGGCAGACCUUCAAAAGGAAUUGAGUUUUACUACAUCUCAGCUAGGAUGGCUGGAUACAGCUUUGCUUUUGCCAUAUGCUGUUAUGCAGAUAAUUUUAGGACCUGUUGGCGCUAAAUAUGGAGCUCGUAAAACCUUUGGUGUUUGCUUAAUGUUGUCAGCCUUAUCUAUGCUUCCAUUUGGAUACUUCUCCAGUUUUGGAGUUUGGUUUUUCUUGCUCUUCCUGAAUGGUACAGCACAGUCCCAGUGUUGGCCAAACUGCACCAAAGGUCUGUUGUGCUGGUUUUCUGAUGCUGUAAGAAACACAAUGUUUGGCAUGUUUGGAACUUGUGCGUUUGCUGGGGGCAUUAUAGGAACUAUGUUUGCUGUUUAUAUCCAAGCCAACUAUGGAUGGCGAUCUGUGUACUUUUACCCAUCACUCACUGUAUUUGUGCUGGGUUUCCUGGUUCUGAUAUUGUUUAAGCAACCAGAGGAAGUUGGUAUUGAUGUUCCUGGAAAAGGUGGUGACAAAUUAAAAGAGGCACAAGCCGGGGCUACUGGUGCUGCUUUAGAGAAACCAUCAAUGAAAGAUUUGUGGCGCUUACCAACGAUUCCGGAAAUAUCCACGGCUGUCUUCUGUCUGAAAGUGGUCAGGUACUGCAUGUACAUGUGGCUUCCCAUGUACCUUCUUCAGGCUUUGAAUUACUCCCAGAGCAUGUCUGGCAUCUUUUCCACUGUGUUUGAAAUUGGUGGUGUCACCGGAAGUGCCUUAGUUGGAUUUGCCUUAGACAGAUUCUACCCUGGACAGACACUGCGAGGACUGGGCCUGUUUGUGCUGAUUUCUACCAUUGCGCUGGUCUUGUUUAUUGCUACCAGCUCCUGGGGUGUGGUCAUCAACUCUGUGUUCAUGUUCAUUGCUGGCGCAUUUAAUGCUGGACCCGACAUCCUGCUGUGUGGUACUGUUCCAGCUGAAAUAGUAGAGAAGCAGAAUAGAAAUGCUGCCACUGCUACAAUAGGACUUGUUAAUGGAUUUGGCAGCAUUGGAACCUGUAUCGAAGGGCCCAUAAUUGGCAUUGUCACCGCCUACACAGGAUGGUCCGGCAUGUUUUACCUCAUGAUUGCUUUAUCUGCCCUUGGCACACUAGCCACAUACAGAGCUGCUGUUAUAAAUUCAAGAAUCAAUCAAUCCACGCCAGAUUUCAUUGAUGGAGUGUAG